CGGGAAGUCAGGCCCAUAUGUUUAAGUAAGGCCCAUUAGAAAGUGAGGCCCAUUGAAAUUGUCGGAUACUACAUCAGAGGCCGGCGAGGAGGAGAGGAGAAAGCUCCGUUAUUCAAGAUUAUUCCGAUAAUGCAGUCACUCUCCACCCCACACACCAUCUCUCUUCUUCUCCCCAGAACCUCUCCGUCUCGUCUUUCUCCCUCUCUUCACUCCCUUGCUUUCCCCACUCGAUUACGGUCUCUUUCCUAUUCUUCUCAAACGUCGAUCCUCCCCGAUGCCGGCGAUGAUUUCAUUGUCGGUGACUGUCUCGUCUACGAGGACGGCGUCUUCGAAGACCCUUACCUUGAUAAGGAGGUCACUCAGGUUGCGAAGCAGGAGCGCAAGAAGAAUCGGCGUGGCGGGGCUAAGAGAUUAGAUGAAUCCGAGAUUGAGCCCGAGAACCUCGUGCCAGAGGAAUGGAGGGAUAUUCAGGCGGAGGUGAAUCUGACGAAGAAGGACAAGCGCAAAAUAGCGCAGGAGAUGGAGUUCGGGGUUCGGGUGGAGAAGAAGAGGCAAGGGCUAAUUCCGCUGAGGAAAGUUGACUUGAAUGACUUUCUCACGUACAAGGAAGCCAAGUUGGCUCAAUUGAGGCCUGUCAUUCUCGAUAAACCGGGAAAUUUCUCCGACGACAGUGGAGCGUCAAGCGAUGGAGAGACCGCUGUAUCAUCUCCCAGCGAGCGAGUGGCUCCUAAGAACCCUAGAUGGGCAGUUUACGGAAAGGGAUUCGACCACGUUGCCAAGUUCUUCAAUAGCGACAAGUACGAUCCCAGCGACAAGAAAUCCGACGGCCCUCGAAAGCUGCUUUCAAAAGAAGAGAAGUUUAUGCUCAAUAGCCGGAAUCCUGACCUAGCCGUUGCCACAUCAAAAAAAUGGCUUCCUCUUCACACACUGGCAGCAUGUGGAGAGUUUUAUCUGGUUGAUUCCUUGCUAAAGCACAAUCUUGAUAUCAAUGCAACCGAUGUGGGCGGCUUGACAGUACUUCACCGAGCAAUCAUUGGUAAGAAGCAGGCUAUUACUAACUACCUGCUGAGGGAAUCGGCAAAUCCAUUUGUUCUUGAUGACGAAGGUGCGACCUUGAUGCACUAUGCUGUGCAAACAGCAUCAGCUCCCACAAUAAAACUUCUCCUACUGUAUAACGCUGAUAUAAACGCUCAGGACAGGGUAGGAUGAUGUCAAGCAUUCAUUGUAAGACAACAUCAUUGUUGAUCAGGUGGUUGACAAUUUGGCACUGGGUUUUCAGGACGGGUGGACUCCACUGCACGUUGCAGUACAGGCCAGAAGAAGCGACAUUGUAAAGCUUCUUUUGAUAAAAGGGGCGGACAUAGAAGUGAAGAACAAGGAUGGGUUAACUCCGCUUGGGCUUUGCCUCUACCUUGGAAGAGAGAUAAGGACGUAUGAGGUGAUGAAGCUGUUGAAAGAGUUUCCACUUAGCAGACACAAGAAGAGAUUGGUAACAACAGAUGAAGAUAUUGAAUAGUCCUUUCAAUUUCAGCUUGAAGUACACUCACUUAUGAGAACCUGAGAAAAGGAGAUGGAGGUAAAGGUGAUGAUUAGGGCAUUGGAACCUCGGAGUCGGAGUGGGUCCACUGUCUCACUUCCUUAAAUUUGGUUUGCUGUUAGUCUUAUCCAUCGAUUUUGGAUAUUUAUCACAACUUGAUCCAUUCUUAAAGAAAAUAUCUGAAAAUAAAUAAAAAGUAAUACAUAUAUAUAUAUAUAUAUAUUAUUUAUAACAGUCUGUGAAUGGAU